CGACAGCGUCCUGAGCCUCUCGGAGUCGCAAAGCACCGGGAGCGUGAACUCUCGCGAGAACGGGCACAACACUGCCGAGGUGCUUUGCGGUGGGGAUUCCGGCAAUAUGUCUCGGCCGACACUUCCUUGGGGCCAACUGGACCCGCAGCAGGAGCGCGACGUUCGCGAGCUCGUUCGCCAUGUGGCGGGCCUUCAGGAUGAGGCGGACCCUAACUUCCAGCUCGCCCUGCACUUUGCUUGGUCCAACUUCAGAUUUCAUCGUUUCUUGGAUGUUAACAGCCACAAAGUGGAAAAGACAAUAGAAGGAAUUUAUGAAAAAUUCAUCAUUCAUUCUGAUCUCAGCAAAGCUGCUAGUUGGAAGAGAUUAACUGAAGAAUUUCUAAAUGCAUCACUUCUGAGCAUAAAGGAAACAAAGACAGAUGCACAUUAUUCCAUACUGUCACUUCUUCUGUGUCUAUCUGAUUCUCCUUCAAACAGCAAUUAUGUGGAAACACCAAGAGAUAAAGAAGUGGAAAAGAAAGAUGAUUUUGACUGGGGAAAAUACUUGAUGGAAGGUGAAGAAAUUGAUCUUGGUCCAAAUGUAGACACACCAAAUUGGUCUGAAGACAGUGAAGAUGAAGAUGGUCAACAUCCCUUAAGUAGAGAAGACUCUGGGAUUCAGGUGGACAGGACACCGUUAGAAGAACAAGAUCAAAACAGAAAACUGGGGCCUUGUGUCAGCUGGAAAGUAGAUGAGACAGAUGGCCGAAGCUGGCUGGAACAGCAUGUGGUUCAUCAGUACUGGACAGCCAGAUCCUCAAGGUUUCCUCAUAGUUUACAUUUGCACUCCAAUUUAGCUGCUGUCUGGGACCAACACUUGUAUAGCAGUGACCUGUUAUAUGUUCCAGAUGACAGAGUUUUUGUUACUGAGACACAGAUUAUUCGAGAAACCUUAUGGUUACUUUCGGGGGUAAAAAAGCUCUUUAUAUUUCAGUUGACAGAUGGGAAGGUAACUGUGAGAAACAGUAUUGUAGUAACUCAUUUGACACAUAGCUGUUUACGAUCAGUGCUAGAACAAAUGGCAGCAUAUGGCCAGGUUGUGUUUCGACUCCAGGAGUUCAUAGAUGAAGUUAUGGGGCACAGCUCUGAAGGCAUGUUACCUGGAAAUGGUUCUCUUCCUAAGAAGUUGGCUGAAGCUCCCUUUAGGACAUACCAGGCUUUCAUGUGGGCCCUAUACAAAUACUUCAUUAGUUUCAAAAAGGAACUUACGGACAUUGAGAAAUACAUCAUUAAUAAUGACACUACAAUAACUCUUGCAAUAGUGGUGGACAAGUUGUCACCUCGACUGGCUCAGCUUAAGGUUCUGCAUAAAGUAUUUAGUACUGGAGUAGCAGAAGUUCCACCUGACACUCGAAAUGUUGUUCGGGCAUCUCACCUACUCAACACACUGUACAAGGCCAUUCUCGAAUAUGACAAUGUUGGAGAAGCCUCUGAGCAAACAGUUUCACUGCUGUUCUCUCUCUGGGUGGAAACGGUGCGACCCUACCUGCAGAUUGUGGAUGAGUGGAUCGUGCAUGGGCACCUAUGUGACUGCGCAAGGGAAUUCAUCAUCCAGAGAAACAAAAAUGUUCCAGUAAAUCACAGAGACUUUUGGUAUGCAACUUAUACACUAUACAGCGUAUCGGAAAAGACAGAAAAUGAAGAAAAAAUGAGUGAUAAUGCUAGUGCAAGUUCUGGCAGUGACCAGGGGCCCUCCAGCAGGCAGCAUACCAUGGUGUCCUUCCUCAAACCUGUCCUUAAGCAGAUAAUUAUGGCUGGCAAGUCAAUGCAGCUGCUGAAGAAUCUGCAGUGUGUGGAGAGCACCACAUCCCAGGACACAGCCAGAGAUGCAGAAAGAAAAAGCUUAUAUACCCUGUUUCUGGAAUCUGUACAGUCACGUCUUCGACAUGGAGAAGAUUCUACUGCACAGGUCCUCACUGAGCAGCAGGCAACCAAAGAGAACCUAAUUAAGAUGCAGUCCAUUGCUGAAAGACAUCUUGAACUGGAUGAUGUUCACGAUCCACUCCUGGCAAUUAACUUUGCAAGGUUGUAUUUGAAACAGAGUGACUUUCAUGAGAAGUUUGCUGGUGGAGAUAUAUGUGUGGAUAGAUCAUCAGAAUCUGUGACGUGCCAGACUUUUGAGUUAACACUGAGAUCUUGCCUCUAUCCUCAUAUUGAUAAGCAAUACCUAGAGUGCUGUGGAAACCUCAUGCGAACUCUAAAAAAAGAUUACAGGUUGGUUGAGUACUUGCAGGCCAUGAGGAAUUUUUUCUUAAUGGAAGGUGGAGAUACCAUGUAUGACUUCUAUACAUCAAUUUUUGAUAAAAUAAGAGAAAAGGAAACCUGGCAGAAUGUGUCUUUUCUUAAUGUCCAGCUUCAAGAAGCAGUAGGACAACGGUAUCCUGAAGAUAGUACACGUCUGUCUAUAUCUUAUGAAAAUGUUGACACAACCAAGAAGAAACUCCCUGUUCAUAUCUUAGAUGGUCUGACCCUGAGCUAUAAGAUCCCAUGGCCUGUGGAUAUUGUUAUAAGUUUGGAAUGUCAAAAAAUUUAUAAUCAGGUGUUCCUUCUCUUAUUGCAAAUAAAAUGGGCAAAAUAUAGUCUGGAUGUUUUACUAUUUGGUGAACUAGCUAGUACUGCUGGAAAACCACAACUCAGAGAAGGAUUUUUAUGUGAACAAGGCACAACUGCUCAGUUUGGAUCACAAAAGGAACCAAUAAGACAGCAGAUUCAUCGUAUGUUCCUCUUAAGAGUAAAGCUCAUGCACUUUGUGAACAGCUUACACAACUACAUCAUGACCAGGAUUCUUCACAGUACAGGGCUGGAGUUUCAACAUCAAGUCGAGGAAGCCAAGGAUUUAGAUCAGUUGAUUAAGAUUCACUAUAGAUACUUAUCAACCAUCCAUGAUCGUUGUUUGCUGAGAGAAAAGGUCAGUUUUGUGAAAGAAGCCAUCAUGAAGGUAUUGAAUUUGGCUCUCAUGUUUGCAGAUGGUUGGCAAGCAGGUCUGGGGGCAUGGCAAAUGGAAUCUAUAGAGAAAAUGGAGUCCGAUUUUAAAAACUGCCAUAUGUUUCUUGUAACCAUUUUAAACAAAGCUGUCUGUAGAGGAUCCUUUCCCCAUCUGGAGUCUCUCGCACUGUCACUCAUGGCUGGCAUGGAACAAAGUUAAAUCUCUUUAAUGUAGUAAAUACCUAAGAUUUGAUCUUUAUACAUAAAUAAUUCCACCACAUGCAGUUGAGAAAUCAGAAUCUCUAUUUUGGUUCAUUUUUAAAAAGUUGUCUAUACUGUCUAGACAAGUACAUUUAUAGGUGUUUUCUUUGGAGAUUAUCGGAUAGUAUAUAUGCUUAUGUGUAUAAAAUUACAUCAAUAAAGGAAAAUGUAUAUAAGCUGUUUAUACUUAUAUGUCCUACUGUAAAAUACAUUUAUGUGUAUUUAAGUGUGAAUUUUGUCAUAUUUGGAAAUGCAGUCUAAAAAGAAAGCAUUUUAGAUUCUAUUCUCCUUUUGCUUGGCCACAGAAACUUUUGUAUAGUUUUUCUUUGUUUCUGUUUUUACUUUUUUUUUAGGUCUUAUUUAAAUUCAAGUAGGUUAACAUGUACUCUAUUAUUAAUUUCAGGGGUAGAAUUUAGUGAUUCAUCACCCGCAGCUCUACUUCAGGCGCUUUCCUUAAUUCCCAUCACCCAAUUACCCAUCCCUAAAACCCACCUCCUUUCCAGCAACCCUCAAUUUGUUCCCUAUAGUUAAGAGUCUCUUAUGGUCCCUCACUGAUUUUGUUUUAUUUUAUUUUUCCUUCCCUUCUCCUAUGUUCAUCUGUUUUGUUUCUUAAAUUCCACAUAGG